AUGAGCGGAAAGAAGGCCCGGACAAUCGACCUUGUCAAAUCCGCUCUGGUUGCGUUCUUUGGCAGCAAGAGUGUAUCCCCCAAUCCUGCUGAAGACACCAAUGCCCGACGAUACAUCGUUGGCCUUCAAAAGUCUAAUAAGACGAAUAACGUCGACGAAGAAAAGAAGGCCCACGCGCUCACGCUCCAUCCUGAAGAACGGCCUAUCAGGCCUACAUCCCUCCUUAGGAUCCCUGCUGCGUCUUGUGCUCGCGGCGGGCUUCUUGGGCUGUUUCCGAAUCAGCGAAGUGCUGAAUUGUGCAGCAAUGACGUCCAGAUUGUGUUCGACGGCAAUGACCGGUACCAGUCGGUGCUUCUACGAUGGCACAAGAAAGCGAAUAUGGAAGAGGACUGUCAAAUCUAA